CGACUCAAUUCUGCCUCUUGCGAUGUUUUGAUUGUGACGAGCAACGGGAAAUCAACAACGGAAAAUCAACUGCUCGUCAAGUAAUGCCACCACCACUUUAUCAGCAUCACUGCCGAGGCCAGCAGCGUGAACUUUGAAGCAGCGCAAAUCGACGCCCAUUCGCGCUAGCCAACAUUAGCGACCCCGCCUCAGCGCCUGCACACGCGCAGUCACUGGACGCCUUCGUGUCGCUCAAGAACAAGCUCGCCAAUCAGCGCCCGCACAUCCAUGUCUUUCGAUAUCACACCUCAAUCAACCAGGCAUCUUGGCCAGCCGCUGCCCAAAUAUCACCAUGUGUGCCUGCUGUUGCGUCUCACCUCUCCCUGGUUCCUCAUUGCCGGAUCCUCCAUUGUCGGAUCGGCAGUCUAUGGAUCGUCGACGGACAUAUUAAUCACAUCCUCCUCCUCCGUCCAGUUUGAAAGAUGCUGAGCAGGACACUGCCGCCGGCCCUCUUCUCGCUCCUGCUUGCUGCUGUGCGUGCCUCGCCUUCGCCGUACGACUUCAAGGACAACUACAACGACCCCGCCCCGAGUCCAGAGGACGGCCCUCCCGCUUCAUUCCACGCCACAAGAGAGAAGGGGCGGCUGCCCUACGAGAUUUGUGGCCUCGUCGGUGGAUACGUUCUGACAGUGCUGAUCUGGGGCAUCCUGCUCCUCACCGUCGGGAGAAAGAUGAGACGAAAGGCAUUGGAACCGCCGCCCGCGCUGGAAUUCGGGCAGGAGCUGAAACCAAUCCGACCGCCCGUGGAGACGCCGGCGAGUCCGACGUCGAUGCGCUCGGCCACCAGCUGGGUGCGGAAGUUCAGGCGGGGCGGCGACUCGCUCUCUGGCAGCACGCCCGUCAGCCCGGUUGUGCAGAGCCCCAUGUCGUUUGACCAGAAGGUGCUGGAUGCCGACAAAGUGCGUGCGCAGGACGACAUGGAGAGGCUGUACGCCGCUGUCAUGGACCACGACGCGAAGAAGCACUCGCGCCAGAACAGCCGGGCCACCGUCGACGACACCCUGCCUCCGCCCUCGCUCCGCCACGAGAGGCGCCGCCCAUCGACCAUCAACACCUCCCAGCGCGGCCCCAGCGACAGCUCCCCCACCUCCCCCAUCAAAGCCAUCUACCCCCCCGACUACCCCACCAACAUGACCACCGCCCUCCCGCACUCGCGCCAAAGCAGCCUCCGCGCCGACCACCCCCCGCCCUCGCCGCGCUCCAUCCUCUCCAAACCCAGCCGCCUGUCCAGCGCCAGCCGCGCCGAAAAAGCCACGCGCUUCAACCUCAAGAACCUGCGCAUCAGCGGCCCCAUCCAGAGCUACGGCGGCGCCGCCCCCGACGACGAAGCCCGCACCCCGCUGUCCCCCCGCUUCUACCCGCAUCCCGGCGCACCCCCCUCGCCCCCAACCCAGCCCACCUCCCCGUCGACCCCCUACACCCCGACCUCCCCCGAGGAACUCCACCGCGCACACACCCUGCGCAUCCCGCUCCCCGCGUCCCCGCGCGGCCCGACCCCAACCCUCACCAUCGCCCCGCCGCCGCCGCCACAGACCCGCUCGCCCCUCAUGACGCCAACCUCCCAGCUGCCCUUCCGCAGCUACACAUCCUCCGCGCCGCUGUCCCCGGGCAUCCAAACAACAGUGCUCGACCGCCGCCCCGACGCGCUCGCGCUGCAGACGCCCCGCACCGGCGUCCCGUUUACCCCGUAUAGUCCGUACAUGCCAUUCACGCCCGUGACGCCCGUGGCGCCGCACCUGGUGACGAAGAAGGAGCGCAAGGGGAGGCGGAAGGAAGGCGGUGGGGCGGGGGGCAGGGGGUUGGGCAGGCUGGAUGAGUUGGUGCAGAGUCCGAAGGAGAUUUUUGGGGAUGCUUAUUGAGGUGUGCUGCGUCCUGCGUGGAGAGGGUGGGUGUGUGGAGCGUGCGUUGUGUAGAGUGUGAGGGUGUAAGGGUGUGAGGGUGGAGUGUAUAUACUGCCUUUCUUCUUUCUUUUCUUUUCUUUUCUUUCCGUUUCCGCACGCGCGGGUAGAUAUUACGACUUAUGACUGAGCGAAGCGGGGGGAGGGGGGAUGUGUACGAGCAAUCGAUGAUACCGCGGGCUACGGUCUGCUUUGUUUAUAGCUAAGAAAUGUUUCUUCUUUUUGGCUG